AUGCUCGCCCAGAAGACGCGUUUGGUCCACUAUGAACCAUUGAAGCCGAUCUCGCUGGCCGCCGAUGCAUCACCAUAUGGUCAUGGAGCUGCAAUCUCACAAACAGCGCCGAACAGCAAGAAAGAACCAGUUGCGUUUGCAUCCAAAAUGCUGACGACCACCGAGAAAAACUACAGCCAAGUGGAGAAAGAACAGCAUCCAGAUAAUGCAAAUACUGAUAUCUCUUCAAAAGAGAACAAUGAGGAAAACUGCAUAGUCUCUCUCACAUCUCUAUACUUCCUUUCCUGUGAUCGGAGCUGGAUAGUGACUAAGUAUAUGUGUUGUGCCUCUAGUUAUCGAAGGGCAUGGCUGGCUAUUGUCUUCACCUGGUAUUAUUCACUUUUCUGAACUAUGACCCCUCUCUUUGGCUGGAGUGCUUAUGGACCAGAGGGUAUCAGAAUCAGCUGCUCAGUUCAUUGGAAAUCCCACACUAGGAAUGGAAUCUCUAUUACUAAAAGGCAAGCAGGUCAUGAGUCACAUGACCAUGCUCCAGCAAACCACAGCCAACAGCUGAUACACUGCCCUCCGGCCUUCACGAAGGUGAUCAUCUGGGUGGUUGGCAAAAUAAAAAAGAAUGAAGCUCGCCAGAAAGAAUACCGUGCCCUUUGCAUGGUGAUUACCACAGUGGUUUGGUUCUUGCUUUGUUGGCUGCCUUAUGGAAUUGUGGCAUUCCUUGCAAUCUUUGAUAAAGCAGACAUCAUUACACCUGCAGCUAAUAUCGUGCCAGCCAUCCUGGAAAAAAUGGAGCUUUGUAUACAAUCUAGUUAUCUAUAUCCCAAUGAAUAAGAAUGUAAGUUAGUCAGAAAUAAUAUAAUAAACAAUGUAGUA